CACGUAAGUUCCACUCUUGUCCUCUCGUGGCGCUGACGAAUCAGUUUUGAUAUUUCAUCCAUUCACGCAUUUUCUAGCGGGUAAACAAUUUUUCAUCAUUCCCGAAGAAACAGUAAUCUUUCUGAAAUUCGGUGAGACAUGAGUUCCAUCGGUACCGGGUAUGAUCUGUCCGCAUCUCAAUUUUCACCGGACGGACGCGUUUUUCAAGUGGAAUACGCACAAAAAGCUGUUGAAAAUGGAGGCACUGUCAUUGGUUUAAGAGGGAAAGAUGGUGUAGUAUUUGCCAUAGAAAAACUUAUUACUUCUAAACUUUACGCUGGUGCAAACAAAAGAAUAUUCAACAUAGAUCAACAUAUUGGCAUGGUAGUAUCUGGACUUAUAUCCGAUGCAAGACAAAUAGCAGAAACUGCAAGAUCGGAGGCUGCCAGUUAUCGUUCUCAAUAUGGAAUAGGCAUUCCUUUGAAAUAUCUGAAUGAACGCGUUUCUAUGUAUAUGCAUGCUUAUACAUUGUAUUCGGCUGUAAGGCCGUAUGGUUGCUCUGUAAUUCUUGGAGCUCACGAAGUAGAUGGUCCAACUAUGUAUAUGAUAGAUCCUUCUGGCGUGUCUUAUGGUUAUUACGGUUGUGCAGUAGGUAAAGCAAAACAAACUGCAAAGACAGAAAUUGAGAAAUUAGAAUUGUCCGAUAUGACUUGUAAAGAUUUAGUGGAAGAGGCAGCACGUAUAAUUUAUUUAGUACACGACGAAUUGAAAGAUAAACAAUUCGAAUUAGAGAUGAGUUGGGUAGGCGCGCAUACUAAUGGAAAACACGAACGUGUACCAACAAAAAUAAAGGAAGACGCAGAGAAGAAUGCACGAAAGGCAAUGGAAGAAAAUUCGGACAGUGAUGUUGAAGAUGAAUACAUUGAAAAAAAAUAAUAGCACUCUCUCUCUCUCUAUAUAUAUAUAUAUAUAUUUUAUAUUGUAAGUCAUAACUUAAACUUGUAAGUACAAGCUGGAUUAAAAAAAAGUCAUCAUUGUUAAUGAGAGAGCCGAAUAAAAACACCGCCCUCUUUCUAAA